CAGCCUUGCCUGCAUAUUUGUCUCUGUCCGCUGCACCGCUAGAGUCACACCGCACUUCUCCUCCGGGGUCCGCGCUUUAUUUGGAAACUGGUUUUAAACGGAACCGUUUACACGAAAGGGCACCGUGCUGGGAAGAUGAUGGCUCCUCUGCGUACAGCGAUGGCAAUCGGUAACGCGGAGGACACGUCGCUCGCGGUGCCUUCAGACAACAAGCUGCGCUCGGGACAGCAGCGCGUGCUGGAUCAAGUGCACAGCAUCAAGAGGAGCAAGUCUAAAAAGAAUGGCACACUGUCGCCCUCACCAACAAGCCUGUCUCCUCCGGCUUUGACGACAAGUGAGUUUGGAACCUUCAAGUUUGCUCCAUUCAAAGCAAAUGGCACCUUCAGCCGCACCAGCUCUGCAUUGUCAUCGGGCUUCAACAAAGUGGUUCAUACUCAGAGGAGUCGCACUCUGUCCGCUAAAACCAUGGGAGGAAGAAUGUACAGCACCUCAGGCACAUGGGACCAAAACAUCAAUGCCAACAACUGGGCCCAGGGCUCCAACGGGCUGAAAACCGCUCGCAGUGACCCAGCCUUGGCUCGCCAUUUUUCUGUCCCUGCACCUGUUAUGAGGGCCAAAGGGCAGGUGGUCCAGAACCAGCAGAGCCUCCGGACUCGAGUUAACAGACACAGCACCUAUUCUAUGACCAACGGCAACCAGAUGACCAGCAGCCAGCAACGCAUCGUCUCGCCGCCCUCUGUCCAUUCUCACACUGAGGGCAAGAUGGGGACCAUCAAAAUGUCCAAGAUCGAGCAGCAAUCAGCGGUGAACAGCGCAGUAAACGUGUCAGACAUGACUCUAAAGGAGGCUGUAGAUUUCCUGUCUCACCCUGAAGAGAAUUACCAGCAGUGUGGAGCCACCUUCAUCCACCACACCACCUUCAAAGAGGAGGGCGCCAAACAGCAGGUGUUCCAGCUAGGAGGUAUCCCCGGUCUGGUGACCCUGCUGCGGAGCCCCAAUACUGUGGUGAGCCAGGCUGCCGCUGGGGCUCUGAGGAACCUGGUGUUCAAGGACCAGGACAACAAGCUGGAGGUUCAGCACUGUGGCGGCAUAGCCAAGGCCCUGCAGCUGCUGAAGGAGACAGAUUCUACUGACACCCAGAAACAAAUCACUGGCCUGCUAUGGAACCUUUCCUCUGCCGAUGAGCUGAAGGAAGAACUUAUAGCCACAGCGCUGCCCGCCCUGACUGAAAAUGUGGUGGUGCCAUUCACCUGCUGGUCAGACAACAGCGUCAACAACAACAUUCACCCUGAUGUCUUCUACAAUGCCACAGGAUGCCUGCGGAACCUGAGCUGCGCCCAGAAGAAGGAGAGGCAGGCGAUGAGAGAGUGCCGCGGCCUCAUUGACUCCCUCAUGAGUUACGUCCAGUCCUGUGUGGCGGAGGAGAACCCCGAUGACAAGUCUGUGGAGAACUGUGCAUGCAUCCUCCAUAACCUGACCUACCAACUGGAGGCCGAGUCCCCUGAAUGCUUCAGCAGGUUCCAACCUCCGGUGGAAGGCCAAAUUGGGAAUAAGAAAAACGCCCCGAUUGGAUGCUUCAGCCCGAAGAGCGGCAAGGCUCAGAAGGAGUUUUCAUUUGACAAACUGCCAGAGGACAGCACCCCAUCAGGUGUUAAGUGGUUGUGCCAUCCAAAAGCCAUGCAGACCUACCUGUCACUGCUGGGCUCGUCCCAGAAAGGUGCCACCCUGGAGGCCUGCUGUGGCGCCCUGCAGAACCUCACUGCCAGCAAGGGACUGGGCUCCAGUGCCAUGAGCCAGAUUCUGGUUCAAAAGCUGGGGGCUCUGCUGCACCUGUCCGCUCUUUUGAAGUCUCCCAACCGCAGCCUGCAGAAGGCCGCCAUGUCCCUGCUGAAUAACAUGUCUCGGAACGACAGCUUGCAGACCCCCAUAGCAAAGCAGAUUCUGCCUGAACUCACCGGCCUCCUCACCUCCAGCCCACGAGAGAUGGGAAACUCUGAUGAAACUAUAGCAACGGCUUGCAGCACAGUCCGCAGUCUGAUGUUGGCGGACCCUGAGGUCACCAAGAAGUUCAUCAGUAAUGAGCUGGUGUCGUCGGUGGCUGACCUCAGUGAGAACAGGUCUUUCCCCAAAGGCAGCAAAGCAGCUUCCCUGCUGCUCUACAGCUUAUGGAAUGAAAAGAAUUUGCAAGGUGUUUUGAAAAAGCUGGGGAUGGCCAAAGCACUUUUUGUCAAUGAGAACACCACAGCAGCGCACAGGUCGGUGCAAGUUAUCGACUGAGUGUGACGGACAAGUGGAAAAGGCACCACAGAGGCUGAGAGAUGGAAACCAGCAUGUUUAGACACUGCUGCGGCCACACCUGUGCAACGAGGAGAGUAAAAUUACAUUCUUCACAUAAUAGCCUUGUUGAGAGAGCCUAUCAGUUAAGAGUGAGUCACACAUUGUACAUACGUUAGUGAAAAGAGAGCUUUUAAUUUCAUGAUAAAUCCUGCGGUGUUUUAUGUAUUUAAUUUGGAUAUGAUGCUGUUUGUGUAUAUAAAGGGGUGAGUGUGUUUUUGGUAGGUGAAGUGUACAUGUGCUGAAACUCAGUUCCUCCGGCCACUAGAAAAUGUUAUCUGCAGUGAAAGUUACUAAAGGCAUGCAGCGAUUAUUUAGAUUCACGAAUGGCUUUGUUGUCAAAUGUGUCUUUCUGCAUUGGCAAGAUAAACUGUCUAUUGUGGCCUCGAGGACUGAGCAGCUGAAAAUGAAAGUGAUAAGAAAAAUAUAUGAACAGCUAAAAAAACAAAAAAGGAAAAGAAAAUGUUGUGUAGUUGUGAUACUGUUGCUGUCAGAUGAAUCUUGUACAUCCAGAUGGAUUUUUUUGUUACAUUGUUCUGUUAUUGUUCUGUGAUUCAGAAUUUUUAUUUUUUAUUUUUAAAUGAACAGAAACAGCUUUUAACAAGAGUGCCUAAAUAGUUUAAGGUAUAGUUAUGUUAGUGUUAUGUCUAUACAUCUAAUAUGAAGUUAUAGCCAGCAUUCAGUUAGCUUAGCUUAGCAUAACAACUGGAAUCUGGGGGAAACAACUAGCCUGGCCACAGUGCUGUAGGUGUCAGCGCUAGAAGCACCAUAUUAGCAUUCUGCUAUAGGGGAAAAAUGCUCUGGCUUGUUUGUGUUUCUCUAAACCAAUCACAAUCACACAAUCAAACCAAUCACACAGUAACAGGGCUAACUGUUAGCAUCACGUAGCUAACGUUACAUGAGGAUUACUAAAUUGUUUAACAACAGAGUCAAACUGUUUUGGUAUUGGUGUGAGUUUGUUGGGACCAUUAAAUGGCUCAGAGUUGGGUGUUAGCGCUGCUGCUGUGUUAGCUCAUGCUAACGCUGCAAACUCGUCAGGGGGAGAGUGGCUUCAGAGACAGCAGCAACAGAAAGUUUGCUAAUCUGGCAUGGAAUCGGGUUGGUUUGGGUGUACCGUUUGACUGGAGACAUUUUGAAAGAUGUAGCUUAUUAACCCCAAAUGGCCAUGUAAGAAAAUGGAGGAACAUCCGGAAUGAGAGUCCUGUGAGACGGAAUCUGGGCUUUUCUAAAGCGCGUUCACAAGCUAUUUUAUUCAUCAAAACUUGCCAUUUUUUUGGUGUACGUUAGCUCAGAGAUUGUUGUUAUUUCGUUUAGCGAAGGGGAUUUUGAAAUCCCUAACACACAAAUAGUAGAAGGGAAGGAGAAUGGCGGUCAAAAUAGCCAGCUAAUGGCAGAUUUAUAGCCGAACUUCACAUCAUGUGAGUCAGACCAGUCCAAAGGUAGUAAAAUCCACCUGCCAGCGCCUCUAAAGCUCACUUCUUGACACAAUCUAUCUUGUUCUGAGUGUGAAAACAACACUUGGUGGUUUUAUAAGGUUUAUGUGACCUGUAAAACCACAAUAUGUCGCUUUUACGCUGCUCUUUGUGCAGAUUAUACAAACAAGAUAAUAAGUGUUAAGAAGUAGAAAUAUGUUGCUUUCGGAUAGAGCCAGACUAGCUUUUUCCCAAUGUUUCUAGAUUUUGUGCUAAACUAAGCUAAGCUAAGGUAAGCUAGGCUAAGCGGCUGCUGGCAAUAGCUUCAUAUUUAGACAUGAGAUUGGUAUCGAUUACUUUCAUCUAAGUGAAUAAGAGUAUUUCCCAAAAUACUGAACUGUUUUUUAAAGCGCAGUAGUAAAAGCCUUGUUUUUUUCUGUUGCUUUGUCGUAAACUUGUCUUGUUAUAUACAUUUUGUUUUGUUCUUAGUUUGUUUUUUGUUUUCUUGCAUAAACUGAGGAAUAGGAGACAGAGAAGUAUUGGAAUAUAGUACACAACAUGUAACACCAGCUGUGCCCUUGUAUAGAAAUUUGCAGCAGUAUAAGUAGUCAGACAUCUCUUUGAAAACCCUUUUAAGUCCAAUAUGAAAUGUAUCAACAGUUGACGUAACCUGUAACAGUCGGAUUUAGCUGCUGGCUGUACACUUAGUCUCCUACUGUAAGUGUUCUUUGAUCUAACUCAACAGAAGUCACAAAGGAGAUAAUGAAGGGGCUGCACCCUCAAACAUAAGGCUAAUGAAUUAUGAUCUGUUUGCACCACCUCAGGCAAGAGAAGCUGCACAUCCAAAUAUAUAAACAUACAUUAUAAAUGUUGUUUGGAUUUAAAAACAUGUGGUUCUUCAUCUAAAACUUAUAUAUGUGAAUUUUGCUUCUUUAAAGUUUAAAGGGCUCAUUAUACAAUAUCUGCUCUCAUAAGCAAACCACUGUUAUUUAAAGAACUCCAAUGCUUUUUGAAGACCAGUUAUACAAAUGGCUAAAGCAAAGAGAUGCCAUAGCUUCAACAACACACUGCAGAGGACUGUUUUUUUAAUGCUUGAGACAUUAUAGUCCUGCCUAGGUUCAUUUGCCUCGGGGAAAAUUGAUGUCAGUAUUGCUAAGAAUGUAUUUCUGGAGAAAUGUGUGUGUGGCAUAUAAUUAGGAGUUUUCCCUGUCACUCAGUCUGUACAUAGAAUAAAAAACAGAGACGAAGA